CCCCCUCCACCAGCACCAAAAAAAAGUUGGAGUCGCGGCUGCCGCGGUUGCCAGCCGAGUCGCGCGCCGGGAGCUCCGAAGGACAGAGAAGUCAUGGCUUCUCCGUCCAAAGGCAAUGAUCUGUUUUCGUCCGACGAGGAGGGCCCGGCCGUUGUGGCCGGGCCAGGCCCCGGGCCUGGGGGUGUCGACGGGGCAGCGGAGGAGCGCCGCGUCAAGGUCUCCAGCCUGCCCUUCAGUGUGGAGGCGCUCAUGUCGGACAAGAAGCCGCCCAAGGAGGCGUCCCCGCUGCCGGCCGAAAGCGCCUCGGUCGGGGCCACCCUGCGGCCACUGCUGCUGCCCGGACACGGCGCCCGGGAAGCGCACAGUCCCGGGCCUCUGGUCAAGCCCUUCGAGACGGCCUCGGUCAAGUCGGAGAAUUCAGAGGACGGCGCGGCGUGGAUGCAGGAACCCGGCAGAUACUCGCCGCCACCCAGACAUAUGAGCCCUACCACCUGCACCCUCAGGAAGCACAAGACCAACCGGAAGCCACGAACUCCCUUCACCACCUCUCAACUCCUGGCUCUAGAACGCAAAUUCCGCCAGAAACAGUACCUCUCCAUCGCUGAGCGUGCCGAGUUUUCCAGCUCACUGAACCUCACAGAGACCCAGGUCAAAAUCUGGUUCCAGAACCGAAGGGCCAAGGCAAAAAGACUGCAGGAGGCAGAACUGGAAAAGCUGAAGAUGGCCGCAAAACCCAUGCUGCCGUCCGGCUUCAGUCUCCCCUUCCCCAUCAACUCGCCCCUGCAAGCCGCGUCCCUGUACGGAGCCUCCUACCCUUUCCAUAGACCUGUGCUCCCCAUCCCGCCCGUCGGACUCUAUGCCACGCCAGUGGGAUAUGGCAUGUACCACUUGUCCUAAGGAAGACCACAGCCACAGACUCCAGGCCGGAUGUUGGCUCCAAGGGUUCCCUCUCCCUCUCCUGGAAGGCAGCAGCAGCCCAGGGCUCCUGAACUGGGUGCCCGGGUGCCCCAUCCUAA